AUGAGCGGGCUCCUCGUCGACAAGAAAGUCUACGUCAGUGGACUGGAGGACAAGUGUCGUUCGGACAUGGAUGGGUGCUGGAGCAACGUGUUCUUCUCAUGGCUCACGCCGCUGCUGGAAUCUCACCAACAAGCAUCCGCUCGAAUGUGGAAGACGCUCGCACGGUCGCUUGGCGGUCCGUUUGUCGUCGCCGAGUUGCUCAAACUUCUCCACGACACGGUGCAGUUUUACUUUUUCCUGCGCUUUGAAACAGGCAUGCGCUUUCGAUCGGCGGUCGUUACGGCUGUGUGCGACAAAUCGCUCGUACUGUCGGCCUAUUACCGAGCCAAGACGUUUACGGGCGAGAUCACGAUCCUCAUGAGCAUCGACGGCGAACGCCUCAUAGGUGCACUAAAUGCGCGCAGUGUUGCCCCUUUGAAAUAA